UCUUGCAUUCAAGGCAGGCAAGCGUACGUUGAGGGGCCCGCUGCCCGGCCGCGGGGACCGGAGGUCUCGUCGUCCCAACCGAGAGGCCGCCGUCGUCACCGUGGCUGCGCCGCCGCCUUCCUCCUUGCCCGGCAACGAGUUCUUCCUUCCGCGAUUGCAUACAUGUGCCUACAGCAGCAGCAGAGACGUGGAGAAAUCACGAGGAUCCACACCCCGUCGCACCAUGCACCCGCAGCCGCAGGCAACAAGCUCCGACGACGAUCCAAUGCCAAUCCGCACCACCACCAUGUCCUCCUCCAAUGACGACCCCACGCCGUCGUCGCACGCCGCGAGACGUCUGUCCACAUCGCACGGCGGCAGCAAUAAUAAGAAGUCCCUUUUUCCUGGACUUGGCGCGGCAUCGUCGCCGAUCGCCCUCGCGGCGGCCGGCGCGGCGCUGCUUCUCGUCGUCCUCGUCGUCGUCUGCUGUUGCUGCUGCUGCUGCUGCAGGAGGAGGAGGAGGAAGCAGAGGGACGCGGCGCAGCACCAGCGCCCGCCGCCGCCGCACGGCGGGAUGAGGUUCUACGCCGACUCCUCCGGCUUCAAAGGGAACACCACCACGGGGUACUACUGCCCUCCCGGCGCUCGGCCGUCGCCGCAGUGGCAGAACGGGCAGGUUGCUCCAGCGCCACCGGCGGCAGCGGUGACGCCGGGCACGACGACGGGGCAUCACGGCGGUAUACUCCUGCCGCCGCCCGCGCCGCCGCCGCCUCUACCGAUGCCCGCGGACACGGCGGCGUUCAGCUACGAGGAGCUGGCUCAGGCGACGGGCGGGUUCUCGGAGGCGAACCUGCUGGGGCAGGGCGGGUUCGGGUACGUGCACCGCGGCGUGCUCUCCGACGGGAAGGAGGUGGCGGUGAAGCAGCUCAAGGCCGGGAGCGGGCAAGGGGAGCGCGAGUUCCAGGCGGAGGUGGACACCAUCAGCCGCGUGCACCACCGCCACCUCGUCGCGCUCGUCGGCUACUGCAUGGACGGCGCGCGCCGCCUGCUCGUCUACGAGUUCGUGCCCAACCACACGCUCGAGCACCACCUCCACGGGAAAGCCGGAGCCGGAGCCGGAGCCGGCCGCCUGCCGGUGAUGGAGUGGACGACGCGGCUCCGCAUCGCCGUCGGCGCCGCCAAGGGCCUCGCGUACCUGCACGAGGAGUGCGACCCUCGGAUCAUCCACCGCGACAUCAAGUCCGCCAACAUCCUGCUCGACGACGACUUCGAGGCCAUGGUCGCCGACUUCGGGCUCGCCAAGCUCACCAGCGUCAACCACACGCACGUGUCGACACGCGUCAUGGGCACCUUCGGCUACCUGGCGCCGGAGUACGCGUCCAGCGGCAAGCUCACCGAGAAGUCCGACGUCUUCUCCUACGGCGUCAUGCUGCUCGAGCUGCUCACCGGCCGUCGCCCCGGCGAUCGCUCCUCCUAUGGCCAAGACGGCCUCGUCGACUGGGCGAGGCAGGCGCUGCCGCGGGCGCUGGCAGACGGCAACUACGACGAGAUCGUGGACCCGAGGCUGCGGGGCGACUACGACCCGACGGAGGCGGCGCGCCUGGUCGCCAGCGCCGCCGCCGCCGUGCGCCACGCGGCGCGGCGCCGCCCCAAGAUGAGCCAGAUCGUGCUGGCGCUGCAGGGGGCCAUGCCGCUGGAGGAGCUCAACGACGGGGUGCGCCCGGGCCACGGCGCCGCGUUCGGCUCCGGCUCGGGGUCGUCGGGGUCCGCUGGCUCGGGCUCCGACUACGGCGGCUCCGACGGCUCGUCGUACACGGCGCAGAUGGAGCGGAUCAGGCGGGCCGCGAUGCCUAGCCCGGAGUACAGCGCCGACUACCCUGGCUCUGUCCCGGAGUACGGACACCCGUCGCCGGCGAGCUCCGACGAGCGGGAAGACCGGCGGCAUCGGGGAGGUCGCCGGUGAGUGACAGCUGACAGGUGUGGGCGUGCAAUAGGUACAACUGGUCGUGCAGCGCGCUCGGCUUACCGAGAUGUAUUGACUCCUCCACAUGCCUUGUCAUCUGCAUGCAUGCGUUUUCUCAGUGUACAUGGUCUUCCUUUCCUAUGAGUUUUGUGACCUCCUGUGUAGACAAGUCACUUUAAAUUUGGCCUGAAUCAAAUUUAUCUAAUUGUAAGCAAGAAGACUAUAAAAACAAAAUAGAUUACAACA